UUACUUUUUUACCACAGCAGCAACUUUUCUUCAGCAAGCGACAAAGCAAUCCCUGAAUGAAGCAGCAACAGCAGCGCGGUGGUAAUAUGCGAGGUCGCGGCGGCCGUGGUCGUGGGCGAGGCGGCGGUCGUGGUGGUCGUGGUGGCAGAAAAUUCGAUGGCAAUGGCCAAAGAAUCAAAACCAGCACCACGAAUCUCCCUCUUGAGCUGAAAGCCCAAGUGGAGGCUGACGAAAAAGAUACCCGAAAAUUCAGCGAGCACUUUGAAAACAAGGUGAAAGCACGAAAGGACCUGCGUAAGCAGAAGAGAGCAGACAAGAAGAUAAAAAAGAUGCCUGUUCCAAAAGCCAUGCGACCGGACCAUUCAUUUACUGCACCAAAGCAAGCAAACUCACAGGUGAACAAGAAGGCGGUCAACGGAAAUGGAUCUAAUUUGAAGCGCCCAAUUGAAGAGCAAAAGGAGGAGACGAAAAAGCCUUCCAAGAAGAGAAAGGAGGGCGAAUCCAAUUCAUUAAAGAAACUGUCCGCCUCCAACCCACUGUUCUAUUCUUUAAUUGAGUCAGACAAUCUUAUUUCAAGUUACCCUGGGGGCACAGAUACAAGCGAUACAGCGGUACAAGAGGACGAUCUGGCCAUUGCCAUGUAUGAAAAGAAAUUGGGUUUGGACAAGAAAAAGAAGAAGUCCAAGGAAGGCGUUGUCAAACUCGGCAGUGCUUUCGAAGAAGAUGGUCUGAUGGAUAUUUUAGACGGCCUCGACGAACCACAGUAUGAAGCACCUCGAAAAGGCGCCGGUAUAUCAGUCUCCAAGAAAGCAACUAAAGCUGAAAAUGAGGACAGCGAUGAUGGUAGCGAAGACGAAGAUGAAAAUAGCGAAGAUUAUUCUGACGACGAAGACGGAGAUGUUAAUGGGUACCUGGAUGAUUUAGAGAACGGAUUUAAUAGCGAAGAUGAAAGCGACGAUGACGAAGACGACGAAGAUGUCGACUUACUGGAUGACGAUGACGAAGACCUGGAAGAUAGCGAUGUCAAUGAUGAAUCUGACGAACAUGACAAGUUUGACAGCGAUGACGAGUUCUUGGAAAUGCCAGACGGUGAAGAGCCCUCUGAUUCGAAUGAGGAAGGUGAAAGCGAUGCUGCUGAGAUCACAUCGAUUGAUGGACGCAGCGAAAUACCAAAGAACACACAAAGCGAGCAGGAAACUGGUGCAAAAGCGCAGACUGCAACCGCGGGUAAAUACGUACCGCCACAUCUGCGAGGAACUGCCACAACGAAAUCUGAACAGCAAAUCAGAUUGCAACGUGCUCUGCAAGGAUUGCUGAACAAGCUGAGUGAAAGCAACCUGGAAAGCAUAUUAAUGGAAAUCGAGAAAUGCUACUCAAAUUACCCGCGACACGAUGUUACGUCCACACUCACAGAGUUGAUUUUAAUUUCUAUAUCUCAGAAAGCGAACUUGUUGGACUCCUUUGUCAUUUUAUAUGCGGUAGUGGUAGGCAGUCUGUAUAGACUGAUUGGUGUAGAUUUUGCUGCCCAUUUCGUUCAAACUCUUAUCGAGUCAUUCGAGAAAAACCACAAGACGCUCAAGGAUGCGGCGAAAGAUCCCAAUGCCGCCGAAGAUGAUUCUGGUUUACCCGGCUCCAAAGAAGCUAAAAAUUUGUUGACCCUUGUUUUGGAGUUGUACAAUUUUCAAGUUAUUUCGUGCAUUUUGAUGUAUGAUCUUAUUAAUGUUCUGAUUGAUGACAUGGAUGAGAUCAACAUCGAAUUACUUUUGAAGAUCAUGAGAACAUCGGGAGCACAGCUUCGUGCUGAUGACCCAACCUCUCUCAAGGAUAUUAUUAAUGCCAUUCAAUCUGCAACUGAGAAGCGUGACACUAAGACAAUGUCGUCUCGAUACAAAUUCAUGCUUGAGACAAUUGCCAAUAUCAAGAACAACAAGAUCAAGCAGCAACAUGGAAACGUUGUCGACAAAGAAAUGGUUCUGAAGAUGAAAAAGUUUUUAUCCAGCUUGGCAAAGAAGCGGUCUCUGCACAGUACUGAAGCCCUUCGAGUUAGCUUAGAGGAUAUCCACAAUAUCGACACAAAGGGAAAAUGGUGGUUGGUUGGAUCAUCCUGGAAAGACAACUUGGUUGGCACUGAAUCAAAAUAUGCUUCGAAAGAGGUUGCUGAUGACUUGAAGAAAGACGCAUCCUUGCAGGAAGCACUAAUGAAAUUGGCACGCAAGCAAGGCAUGAAUACUGAUAUUCGUCGAAGCAUUUUCAUUGUCCUCAUGAGCUCUGAGGAUUACGUUGAUGCCUACGAACGCUUGAUGAAGCUUACGCUCACAGAAGUGCAACAGCGUGAAAUUGCGAGAGUGCUGCUUCAGUGCAGUGGUAAUGAAAAGCAUUACAAUCCAUAUUAUGCACUUGUAGCCAAUCGACUUUGCGGACAUGAUCACUCUUUCAAAGUCACGCUUCAAUACUGCCUGUGGGACUUUUUGCGAGAGUGUGGCGAACCAGAUGUAGGAGGACUGGAACGGUCACGCAACGUUGAAGCAUCACCAUCUGAAACGGAAAAGAUAUCUCUACGCAGGAUUGUAAAUACGGCAAAGUUUUACGCCUUUUUGGUUAGCGAAAAUGCGCUCACUCUUUCAAUCCUCAAGUCUAUCAAUUUCUCCACAGUUGGACAAUCUGCACGUUUGUUCUUGCAAUUAUUCCUCUCCAAUCUCAUAAUCAACUCUCAGAGUCAAGGAGGAGCGGAUAGGCGAGACGCACAAUCUCUUGUCAGCAUUUAUCUGAAGGUUGUACAAUUGCCAGCAGUAUCACAGGGAAUUCUAUUCUUCCUCCAUCACUUUGUUCGUAAAGCGGAUUUAGGACAAACUGAAGAUGAACAAGAAACCGUCCGUUGGGGAUGUGGUAUUUUGAAAGAAGUGGGACAGCGAGCCCGUCGAUCACACGAGGAGUUGUUUUAAGUAGGAUUGUAUAUAGCUCUCAAUAGAAAAAAAAAAAGUAAAAAUAUUAUUUAGGCUGUUUCAUUGUAAUAAUACCGGUAAUGGGCAGAUCUUCCGCACAGAAAUCUGAGUUUUAGCUUAACUAAAAGACUGUGCAAUAACCCAGAUGAAGAGAAUAAAAAGGGAUACAUGGUUGUUAUUUGGUACAAACA